CUGGGCAGUUGCGCACGUGCUCCUGACCUUGGCCGCGAGUAACGAGACAAGCGUAUGACUCGGCAGUCAGAGCGUCCGCGGCGCUGCAGGCGACAGCACGGUGCGUACGUAGCGUCUGCACACAGAAGACAACAAUGGCACCACUGAUCUUGUACAACCACGAUGCCAGCCCUCCGUGCUGCCUUGUACGCAUCGUCGCUGAUGAGAUUGGAGUAGACCUCGAGAAAGUUCUUGUGGUCGAUAUCGAAAAGGAAAUGGGCACUCCAGAGAGGCUGCAGAUAAAUCCACAGCGAACGAUUCCGGCACUUGUCGACAAUGGUUUGAAUAUUGCAGAAAGCCGAGCGAUUGUAACAUACCUUGUAUCAAAAUAUGCAAAGGACGAUUCUCUGUAUCCAAAAGAUCUAGAGAAACGUGUCCUCGUAGACCAGAGGCUGUAUUUUGAUCAAGAUUUCUACAAUGCAGUUAUGAAAGUUAUUGGUCCAACCUUCUCCGCAAUACCAUUAUCCCAGAGUGAUGUUGACAAGGUGAACAAUGGACUGGAGAUACUGAACAGAAUGCUUGAGGGAAAGCAAUGGCUCGCAGGGGACAACAUAACAGUAGCGGAUUAUGCCACAGUGGUGUCCUUGGCGUCACUUGAGUUCAAUACAAAAUGUGGAAUAAACCCUGCUAAACAUGCAAACAUUGCUCAGUGGAUUUCUCGGGUUGAAGGCUCAAGUGCCAAAGUUAAAGAGAACAUGAAAAUAUUCCGUGAGGCAAUAAAAAUGUACAUAGAAUAUCUUAAGAACCAAAUGUCGCAAAAAUAAAAUGAAUUUUAUGUAAGUCAUUGCCUAUUAGAGUAUGCAAUAAAAACGUACAAUUCA